AUGGCGUGCCGCCGAUUUGCUGAGUCGUGCGAGAAGCUACUGCCUCAAGGGGUGCAGUGCCGUGGCGCUGGCGGGGGUCCGGGGGGCACGGACAGCGCUCAGCGCUUCUCCUCGCUGCCCGUCUACCUGCCCGUCCGCUACCAGCUGAGCCGGGCCGAGAUGUCCUUCUUCCUGAAGGAGGCGGCGCAGGACAUCAUGAGGAACGCCAGCCUGCAGGUCCGGGCAGAACCUUUCUUCGUGCAGCGAGCCAAGGACAUGCCGGUGGUCAACGCCACCUACGGGCCUUACACGGUACAGCGGGCCGUGCCGCGGGGCUUGCUCCAGGCCUCCGACCCCUUCACCACGGUGGAGAGGUUCACCCUGAACUGGCGGAUCCGCACGGCCGUGCUGGUGGAGCGGCUCUUCCCGGACCGGCCCACCGUGCAGGUCCUGUUCCACAUCACCGGCCGCGACUGGGACGAUUACAGCCCGGACGACGACUUGCCGUGCGUCCGGCUGUACGGCUUCUGGGAGACGCGGGAGGUGCGGAGCGGCUGCCGGCUGGCCGGGGACCUGGGGCUGUGCGUGGCGGAGCUGGAGCUGCCGGGGUCCUGGUUCGAGGCGCCGGCCGUGGUGCCGGGCCGGAGGAAAGCCUCCUCGGCCGGCGCGGAGCCCGGGGACGGGACGGCCGUGGAGCUGUACUACCUGGUGCAGCCGGCCGACCAGGCCGGGGAGUGCGACGCCGGCGAGAACAGGAAAGGCAACGCCAUCCGGCCGGGCCGCGGCGAUGGGGAGGGGACCGGGGCGGGCGAGUGGGACGGAGCCGGAGCCGGGGCGGGCACAGCGCCUGACUACCUGCAGCGCGUCGGUAGCAUCAGGCUGCACCGAGGCUCGGGCGACGCCCUCGCCAGGCUCACCGAGGUGCGGCUGGAUGCCAACCUGGUCAUCGCUGCCCGCCAGGGGGCAGUGAAGCAAGGGGAGGUCGUGACCUUCCGCGUCUCGCUGGCCCCUGGCUCUGCCGUGGAGCAGUUCACGCUCAGGGCGAAGGCGAAGAAGGGGGUGAGCAUCGUGGAGGUGAGGCCCAGCGACCCCGAGCAGUGGGACAUCCAGCAGGAGUUGGGCAAUGGGGGCAAACACCCCGUCUCCACCGUGAUGUGCCGCAGGAAGCCGGGAGCCCCCCGCCAAGGGAUGACCGUGACCCCCUACGAGAUCAUGCAGAUGGAUUUCCAGAUGGACAACUUCAGCAGCCUCUCGGUCACUCGCCGCAUCCUGUGGCAGGUGGAAUAUCCCGGCAGCGGCGGCGCCCAGACCGACCCCGAGAAAGCCGUGUCCGAGCUGCUGGUCAGCCAGCGAGACGUCAGCCGCAUCGUGCCCCUCGCCAUGCACACGGAGAUCGUGAACACGGCUAUCCUGACGGGGAAGACAGUGGCGGUGCCGGUGAAGGUGCUGGUGGUGGAGGAAGACAGCACAGUGACCGAUGUCUCCGAGCUCGUAGCCUGUAAAUCCUCGUCCGACGAUGUACUGAAGGUUUCUGACAGAUGUGACUAUGUCUUAGUGAACGGCAAGGAAAUGAAGGGCAAAGUGAAUGCCAUUGUCAAUUUUACUUACGAGCAUCUGAGCGCGACGCUGGAGAUAACCGUGUGGGUACCUCGUCUCCCUCUGCAGAUCGAGGUCUCUGACACCGAGCUCAGUCAAAUCAAAGGAUGGCGCAUUCCUGUCAGCUCCAAUAAAAGGCCGACGAGAGAGAGCGAUGAUGAGGAUGACGAUGAAAGAAAGGGGCGAGGCUGCACCCUCCAAUACCAACGUGCCAUGGUCAGGGUUCUCACCCACUUUGUAGCAGAGCCGUUAGACCCCGGCGGGCAACUGGUCUACAUGCUGGGCACUGACUGGCAGGCGGACAUCACUGACAUAGUGACGGAUUUCCUGAAAAUGGACAACCCCCGGAUUGCAAAGCUCCAGGACGGGAGGAUUCUGAGCGGGCAGGAACUCGGGAUAACCACUAUUCAGGUGCUGUCACCGCUCUCAGAUUCCAUCCUCGCUGAGAAAACAAUAACCGUGAUCGAGGAGAAGGUGACUGUCACAGAUCUUGGGAUUCAGUUAGUCACAGGCCUGUCUCUCUCCUUCCAACUGAGUCCAGGCAGCAAUCGAGCCAUCAUUGCAACAACGGCAGCAAAAGAUGAGCUUCACACCGCCAAACAGGAAGCGAUUCUCAGCGCUUGGAUACAGUUCAGCGAUAACACCCUCGCCCCGCUAGAUAUUUACGAUCCCGAGGACUUUUCGCUGGCUGUCACUUCGCGGGAAGAAGCCGUCGUCUCGACGAACCAAGACUUGCAGCUGCGUUGGCCGGUCGUCACCGCGGAGGGAGAAGGGCAGGGCAACCUGCUAAAAGUGGAGAUGGUCAUCUGCGAAGUUUGCCAGAAGUCCAAGCGCAAGAGCAUCCUGGCCGUGGGCAACGGGAACGUCAAGGUCAAGUUCAGCCAGAACGACGGGGGCCCGAGGGGGGCCGGGGAUCACGGAGCCGACGGAGACCUGGAGAACCGGGCCAGCGACCGCAGGCAGAAGAACGCGGAGCAGGAGCGGAGUGGGCAGGACGGGCGAUAUUUUAGCAGCGCCACGGCGGACAGGGAGGAGAGCUCGAUGAGGAAGGUCAGCACCACGGCCAAAGCGUCGGUCAACGGGAUGGACGGACUGGAUCAGCCUUCGGACGACAACAGCCAACUCCAAAACAUACCGCUGGACGCCGCCAACUUCCCAUCACCCGAUUUGACCAGGAAUGCCGAGGGUGACGACAGAGCGAACGAGAACGACCUGAUGCAGGCUCCUCGGGGGCUGACGGACCUGGAGAUCGGAAUGUACGCUUUGCUGGGCGUGUUUUGCCUGGCAAUCCUCGUCUUCUUAAUCAACUGCGUGAUGUUUGCCUUGAAGUAUCGCCACAAGAGAAUUCCUUCGGAAGGACAGGGAAACAUGAACCACUCCCACGACUGGGUCUGGUUGGGCAACGAGAGCGAGCUACUGGAAAACACCGCCGACGUCUCACCCCAGCGGGACUGCGAGCACACCACCACCAUAGACAGAGCGGCGGGGUUCGAGGAGAGCAACCACCUGCUCAACGGGGGUUCCCAGAAAAACGUCCAGGGUCAGAUACACAGAUCUGCGCUCAACGGCGACGGCAAAGAGCGCAAAGACGAACCAUUGAACUCUCCCACCACGAAACGGAAACGAGUAAAGUUUACAACGUUUACCACCAUCCCUCCUGACGAUGGGUGUCCUGCUACAAACUCCAUCCUCUUGGGGACCGAGGACAACAUUCAAUGGGUCUGUCGGGACAUGAGCCUCGGGGACUCGCACGAACUGAGAAAUUACAUGGAGAGAAUACAAGACAGCGUGUAAACAUGCUCCUCUUAUCUGUUUUCAUUCUUUGCUCACCUUUAUGCCUUCAGUUUUGGGUGAUUGUGCAGUAAAAAAUCCAGUCAACUAUGGGUCUGAUUUUGCAAACGAAAACACUGGCAGAAAAGCACAGAACUACACACACGCCAACGCUGGGCAAAACCCACAUCUGUUACCCUAGAGACGAACUGCAUCAAAUGGCGUCCACGGAAUGAAUGCAAUGCACAGACUUAUCAGGACGGAAUUCGGAAAGGCGACAGAUACAGGGCUAACAUUUGGGGAGGUUGUGUGUGCGUGUGCGUGUGUGCGCGCACAUGUGUGUGUGUGUGUGUGGACAUUUUUGCUUAUGAAUACGAUAUAGCAAAAGGAGACUGAAUGCAGCGGACAGAAAGGCUUUGCCGAGCUGCAGUAAGCGCUGAGGAAAGGAUUAAACCCCCACAUUAAUUUGUGAUGGUUACCUCAAAACACUGGGAAAGUGGCACCUUAGUGAAAUUCCUCCCAUCAAUUUUGAUGACGUCCACCUGUUCUUGGGAAAUCCCAUUAUAAGGCGCGUUGUCAACAGUCACUACACUUCAAGGAAUUUCCCACCCACAGAAUAAUAGCUUCCCAAACGGGUAGCGUUUCGUGGAAGAAGCACUACCGACUGGGUGGCAAGACGACAGUAUAGGAGUUCGCCCUUAACACUGGCCCUUAAGAGCCAACUUCAAACUUAACCAUUUUAUAUGAUUUGUUAAACUCGGACUUCAGUUCCACUCUCAGUUCUCGGACCCCACGUUCUGUGUACAUUUUUAUUUUAUUACGUCUUGUUUAUAUUUAGGCUCUUGUGUUUUCAUUUUUAUUAUUUAUGCAGUUAGGACCCACCUUUAUAACUUAGGUGAAACAUUUUAACAGCGUAUACCUAGAAUGCAUUGUAGAUUUACUAGACUGUAAAAAUUUAUUUAUAAAUAUUAUACACAUUGUAAAUAAAAGUUGCUUAAGAUAGCUUGGAAAUUUAAGC